GGGAUUUUCAACAUUAAGUAUGCCAAGACUGUCACUUUUUUUCGAUUUUACUCACUUUUCAUAAAACUAUUUCUCAUCUCAAUAGUUCUUAGAGAAAAUAUACUAAAUUCCCGACUUAAACCAUGUGGUUUAUAUUCGCGUUGAUCGCUACUAUCCAGUAUUGUAAGGGAAACUUCUAUGACGAGAUGAGCUGUGCAAAUUGCUCGAGAGUGAACGAAAAGUGCGAAAUAACGACAACGGGAUGGAGUUGCGAUUACGAUUUUGAUGCCAAUUUGUUGAUUGAUAAUAGUAAUAAAUCCUCUGAUAUUCCAGAAUCCCUAAGCAAAUGCAUGCUUCCUUCCAUGGAGUUUAAGAAAAAAAAGGCCAUUAUUGGCUACUGCUGCAUUUGGUCCCCUAAAAUUGGUUGUCAAAAACUAAAGAAAUCGGAUGAGGAUGAAGACCUUUGCUAUAGGUGCACCAGAGCCAUUUGGUCAUCAGCUAUGGAAGGCACAACAUGUCCUUGUGGCAAUUGGUUUAUGCACCGUGAAAACAGCGAAAUAAUGCUCAAACCAUGGAAUAUACUUUUUAUAACGCAAGGAAUGCUUCUAAUAAUUAUAAAUUUAUGGGUAUUGAGAAAUAAAUAUUGAUACACUCUUACAAA